UGACGAGUGGCAGAGCUAGAGAGAGAGAGAGAGAGAUAGCCAGCCAGACGACGGCGGCUCCGCUACACCUGGCGGCGUGCCGAGCGAUGGCGAAGGCGGUCAUCUGCUGUGCGGUUCUGCUCGCCGCCGUGUCGACGACAGCGGCGGCGGCGGCGAUCACCAAGGCCGACUUCCCGCCGGGGUUCGUCUUCGGCGCCGGCUCCUCCGCUUAUCAGGUUGAAGGUGCAUUUGCAGAGGAUGGAAGAAAGCCUAGUAUUUGGGACACAUUCGCUCAUGCAGGCUAUUCUGUUGACGGAGCAACCGCUGAUGUAACUGCAGACCAGUAUCAUAAGUACAAGGAAGAUGUAAAGCUUUUGCACGAGAUGGGCGUUGACGCAUAUAGAAUGUCCAUUUCCUGGCCUAGGCUUGUUCCUGAUGGGAGAGGAGCCAUCAAUCCGAAGGGACUGGAAUACUAUAACAACCUGAUAGAUGAACUUGUGAGCCAUGGAAUCCAACCUCAUGUAACCAUAUAUCAUUUUGAUUUUCCUCAGGCUCUCCAAGAUGAAUACAACGGGAUGCUUAGUCCUAGAUUUAUAGAAGACUUCACAGCAUACGCAGAUGUCUGCUUCAAGAACUUUGGUGACAGAGUGAAGCACUGGAGCACUGUCAAUGAGCCUAACAUCGAGCCGAUUGGUGGAUACGACCAAGGAAUCCUCCCGCCACGGCGAUGCUCAUUUCCCUUUGGUAUCAGCUGUGACAAUGGCAACUCUACCACAGAGCCAUACAUAGUAGCACACCAUCUUCUUCUUGCACAUUCCUCAGCAGCGUCCCUCUAUAGAGAUAAGUACCAGGCCACUCAAGGAGGACAGAUUGGGCUCACAUUGCUCGGUUGGUGGUACCAGCCUGGGACGCAAGCUCCUGAAGAUAUUGCAGCAGCUGCAAGGAUGAAUGAUUUCCACAUUGGAUGGUACAUGCAUCCUUUGGUGUAUGGUGACUACCCUCCAGUGAUGAGGAAGAAUGUUGGGUCCAGGCUACCAUCUUUCACAGAUGAAGAAUCAAAGAGAGUACUUGGAUCCUUUGAUUUUGUCGGAUUUAACCACUAUGUCGCCAUUUAUGUGAAAGCUGACCUUAGCAAACUUGAUCAGAGCCUGAGAGAUUACAUGGGUGAUGCAGCUGUAAAAUAUGACCAACCAUACCUGAAGUCAAAUGACAAGUUCCCACUCGGCUUGAGGAGCAACUUCAUGACGUCGACCCCGUGGGCUCUGAAGAAAAUGCUCAAGCAUCUCCAAGUGAAAUACAAGAACCCUGCAGUCAUGAUCCAUGAGAACGGAGCCGCGGGGCAGCCUGACCCGUCAGGAGGAAACACCGACGACGACGAUUUCAGGGCGCAAUAUCUGCAGGAUUACAUCGAGGCCACGCUUCAAUCCAUCAGGAACGGGUCGAACGUGCGUGGCUACUUCGUGUGGUCGUUCCUGGACGUGUUCGAGUACCUGUUCGGCUACCGCCUCCGCUUCGGCCUCUACGGCGUCGACUUCGCCUCGCCGGAGAGGACCAGGUACCAGCGGCACUCGGCGCGGUGGUACGCCGGAUUCCUCCGCGGCGGCGAGCUCCGGCCGGUGGCGCUGCCCGCCGGCGGCGGCGGGGCCUACUCCCAGUGAUGGAAAGCUCUUCAUCUCCAAAAGAAACGCGACACGAAUAAAGACCUGGGGUAUAUAUAAAAUAGCAGAAGUUCCAUGGAUGUAGGUUUUAAGAUGGUAUCUUCUUCUCUGGUUUGUUUAGAUCACCGUGUCAGUUUUUGUCUUUUAGAUUAUUGUCAAAUUGUGUGAUGUAAUAUGUCGAUUAUUAUAUAUAUAAUUUUGGUUUCCUCGGCA